GCACGGGGGCUGCCACCAUUUUGGUUGCUGCUUGCGCAAGAAUCAAGGCACUAGGUUGUUCGUUGCAGCUGGUGACCUUUUGAGGGAAGCGGAAAAUGGGCCGGUGCUGGGUGGGUGGCCCCUAGAAAGACCACUACAAAGAUGCCACCCUUUGCAGAAGCUGAGUCGAGCAGAUGUUCCCAGUUGAAAAAGAAGAAAUGGCAUGCAUUCCGAAGUUCAGGGCCAGCUUUCUUGGUUAUGUAUCUCGUCAACUUCUCAAUCAUAGAGUCCGGAGUUGAGCAUUCAAUCAAACACGUACGGCUAUAGAAGUGUUCCCUUCUGAGCAUCUCCACUGCAAAGCAAGAUGGGCUCGUUCUACUCCUCAGAAAAGGCCAUGCUCUUGAAGAAAGUAGUCUUGCAGCACCUGCAAUCUCAGAACAUUCAAGAAUUGGUCCGCGCACGCUUGGAACAAGACUUGGCUGACGGCCACAGAAGCAAGGAAGAGGCGGCUGCUGAGUUCAAGAAGCAAGUGGUGGUUGACAGAGUCCUGCAAGCGCUGACAAACUCAGGCGCCUUUGUGUCGGCCCUGAAACCUCACCUGCGCCAAGCUCAGCGUACGUGCCUGCACCUGCGCGUGCUUGGGGCAAGGGCCUUCCUUGGUCACCUCCAUCAUCAGGACGAGGCUCGGGACGGCCAGGUCUACCUGAGCCUCAGCUUCCGAGACCAGCGCUUCACGUCCAACAGAGUGCGCUGCGAUGUAGACCCAGCGCUGGAGGGAAGCUUCCUGCUCGAUCUGGGGCUGCAGCUUGAAACCGACCCUCGAGAGCUUCUAACCGUCUUGGACAGAAUCCACAUUGUCGCCCUCAGGCGCACAUCUGGCGGCGAACGGACCGUCAUUGGAACCUGCAGCCUCGACUGGCGACAGGUCCUUGUUUCCGGGAGCGUUAAAACGGUGGCGGAGAUUGCGGACCGCGGCCGGCAGUCCAAGCUGCCUACGGGGCUGUUGGACCUAAGCCUCGAGCUGGUGCCCAAAGCGAAAGAGCUGCUCGGGGAAGAAGUCCUCCAGCGUCAGCUGAGACUGGAGCGCUCCCAGGAAGCCGAGUCCACGUCCCGCUUCAUCAGCUAUGCCAAAGAGUGGCGGACCGACUUUCUGCGGCUCCGGGACGCCCACAAGAGCAGACCAGUGGAGAUGCUGGCGAGAGCAGAAAACGGAGAUAUUUUGCCUGUCAGCGCCUUCAUACAGCCCCUUCGCGGUGGCCGAUCCAUAGGCAGCCCCCUAGAGGCCGCGCGCUUUGUCAGUCUUCUUGGGGUGGAGGAGCGCCGUUCGGCCGACAGCGAGGGGUUGCGGGUCUGGAGUGACUCGCAUACGUUUUUGGCGAGAGGCUCUGGGAGCACGGAAGACCAUGCUGUAAUGCUCUGCAAUCUCUUGCUGGGCUUCGGGCUGGACGCUUACGUCUGCAUCGGGAAGGACGGAAAAGGCCGGCACGCAUGGGUGGCCACGUUGUCAAGCGCUGGUGACGUCACCUUCUGGGAGAGCCUUACGGGACGCAGGUAUCCGCAGAGCGACCCUUUGGCGAUGGGGCAGUGUCCUUACAGGAGCCUCGGGUGCGUGUUCAGUCAAGAGCGGUUCUUCGCAAACAAUCAGGACGAGGAUUCCGCUCGCCUCGCUUCUUUCGACUUCCAGAACGGUGCCCACUGGAUCGGUUUGGAUGAAGCGGCCAUCGCCACAAUUAGGAAGGUGCCUCGUGUCGGCUUCCGACCAGCGUCCCUUGUCCCGUACCGGGAAGAGGAGCGCCUCGAGACCCAGUUGAAAGCGCUUGUCGGCGGGUAUCGAAGCGAUCGGAAGCUGUCCGUCACGUGGGAUGACGACCUGAGCCACCUGCUUAUGCCGGCCCUCGUAUCAUACGAGCACGAGCAUGUGCUGGGAGUAUCGAGCGGUCAGGAGGAGUUCCAGCAGAGCAUCAAGGCGACUGUGCCGGUGGGGCAUACCUUCAAGGCCUUCCCUCAGCAGUUCAACCAUCGCAGCGCGACACGCGUGUUCAAAUCCCUGCUGCAAGAGCCUGUCUUCCGCGAUAUCAUAGGGAGUGAGGCGGACGGAGUCAAACUCGCUUUGCGAGUGCGACUGUCUGCGUACGCAGAGGUGAGCGGAACGUCGAUGGCGGACGGAUUGAACUGCUCGCGGAACGAUUGGGCAGAUGUGAUUGGCAUUUUGGACCCAAGUAGGAUCACAUGCGAAAAAGGGGUGCCCAACCUUGGAAACAGGCAACGAUAA